UGGCGCCUGGGCGGGUGGCUUGCAUUAGAGGCGAUAUGGCUGCACUGGUGGAGCCGCUGGGGCUGGAACGGGACGUGUCUCGGGCUGUGGAGCUGCUGGAGCGGCUGCAGCGUAGCGGAGAGCUGCCCCCGCAGAAGCUGCAGGCCCUGCAGCGGGUCCUGCAGAGCCGCUUCUGCUCCGCCAUCCGCGAGGUGUACGAACAGCUCUAUGACACGCUGGACAUCACUGGUAGCGCCGAGGUGAGGGCUCAUGCCACAGCCAAGGCCACAGUGGCUGCUUUCACGGCCAGUGAGGGCCAUGCACAUCCCAGGGUCGUGGAACUGCCUAAGACUGAUGAGGGUUUGGGCUUCAACAUCAUGGGUGGUAAAGAGCAGAACUCACCCAUCUAUAUCUCUCGAGUCAUCCCCGGAGGUGUGGCUGAUCGCCAUGGUGGCCUCAAGAGGGGAGACCAGCUGCUGUCUGUGAAUGGUGUGAGUGUGGAAGGAGAACACCAUGAAAAGGCCGUGGAACUCCUGAAGGCCGCACAGGGCUCAGUGAAACUGGUGGUGCGCUACACCCCUCGGGUGCUGGAGGAGAUGGAAGCCCGCUUUGAGAAGAUGCGAUCUGCCCGUCGGCGCCAGCAGCACCACAGCUACUCGUCCUUGGAGUCUCGGGGCUGAAAUCACAGAACAGGACCCUUCUCCCUUGUACAGUAUUAUUUAUUGUCACUGGCUCCUUAUUUAAAGAUCUUUAACCCUCA